AUGGUCGCCGACCGAUCUCUAUUCACGACUUAUCGUCAGACGGCACACACCAAGAUCGGCGGCAUCGCGGGCGGCAUCACGGCUAUCGGCAUGGGGGACGUGGCAUUCGUCGCCAAGACUGGACACCCGAUCACGCUCCGUGGUGUUCUUCACACGCCUGGCCUACACGUCAACCUCCUCUCUGUCUCUCGCCUCUGCGACACCGACCGCGUUCGUCUCGCCUUCACCAGCGACGGCAUCGACAUCGCCAAGGACGGCCGGGCCAUUGCUCACGGUACCAGGGUCAACGACGGUCUUUACCUUUUGGACGCGGAUCACACCAAGUGUCAGCAUCUUGCCUUCCUCUCACGCUCUGAGUCUCCCGUGCCCCUGCUUACCCUACACCGCUGCCUCGGCCAUCUUGCCCCAUCCUCUAUACAGAAGAUGAUUGCUGCAGGUUUGCUGGACGGGUUUGGGGCCGGGUACAGUGACAAAGACGUAGAGGAGUUUGUUUGCAAUGCUUGCCUUGGUUCCAAAGGUCACCGCCUUCCCUUUCCCGACUCUGAGUCGCAUUCCGCCGAGAGACUUGGCCUCGUGCACAGCGACGUCCUGUCGUUCCCCACUCCGUCCUUGACCGGGAAGCGCUACCUUGUCACGUUUCUAGACGACCACUCUCGCAAACUCUGGGCAUAUGCGAUCGAUCACAAAAGCGAUGUUUUCCCGACCUUCCAGACUUGGCUCGCCGAAGUGGAGUUAGAGACGAACGCGCGGUUGAGGAUCCUUCGAACCGACAAUGGCGGGGAGUACCGAUCAAACGCAUUCACGGAGUUCUGCAAAUCCAAGGGCAUUCGUCGUCAAUACUCUAUCCCUUACACGCCUCAACAAAACGGUCGCGCCGAACGUGUCAACCUCUCCAUCGUCGAGGGCGUCCUCGCUCUCCUUGCGGACGCCCGUCUGCCGGCCACCUUUUGGGAUGAAGCGGCUGCGUAUUUCGUUUAUUGCAAAAACAGGUGCUCACACUCAGCUUUGGCCAAACAGACUCCAGAAUCCGUUUGGAACGGCCAACGCACCACCGCCACCGCCCUCCACCCGUUCGGCUGCACAGCCUGGCUCACGGUCGCCCCGGACCUUCGCAGCAAGCUCGACCCCAAGGCCGCGCGCGUGAUCUUCACAGGUUACGACCUCGCCUCCAAAGCUUUCCGUUUCUUUGACCAUUCCAUCAACAAGAUUGUACUUGGUCGCAAUGCCACCUUCCUCGACGACGACUUCCCCGGCCUGCCAGUCACCACGCCCGUCGAUGCAGACGACACCGACCGUCAGUUCGUCGUUCCCGCCGACACGCCCGCCCCUGCCGUCAAGACGAGGACCCCACUAGUAAGGUCGGCGCACAUGGACGUCUCAUCCUCCCUUGAUGAUUCUGCCAUGAGCGCCGUUGACGUGGCCCCAGGGUACACUGGCGGAACCUUACUUAAUUCCACAGAUACCGAAUCGUCCUCGUCACCGUCUCCUGAGCCGUCCUCGUCACCGUCGCCCACAAACCCUUUGUCACCGUCGCCUGCGCUGUCACCGUCGUUGGCAGCGUCAUCGUCACCCUCGGUCUCACCGACCGACUCUGACUACUCCGCCGACCCUCUGGACCUCAUCGGCUCACAGACCCCGACUCGCCUUGGCCCACCGGACGUGCACCGCCCAGACUUCAGCACGUACCGUGAGCCCGCAUCGGCUGAGGAGUCGCCCGACGAACUCGACAUCAUUGGGCGUCACUCACGCGAUGAAUCGCCGGAUGAAAUCGAUUUCCUCACCCAACACCACCGCGCCUUCAUCGCCACAGACGACGACGACCCCACCCUCGACGCCAUCGAGCCCGUCAAAUCGAUCACUAGCGACCCCCAGACCUGGCGCGAAGCAAUGUCCAGCGACGAGCACAACAUCUGGGCUGAGGCCGCCGCCGCCGAGUUCACCGCCAUGCGCGACGACUUCAAGGUGUUCACCAUCGAGCCUCGCUCAUCUGUACCGCCGGGCGCCACCAUCGUCACCUCCAAAUUCGUCUGGAAGACCAAGCGCAACGCAAGCGGUGAAGUCACGGGGCGGAAGGCACGUCUUGUAGCGCAGGGUAACCGACAGCGCGACGGCAUCGACUUCUCAGAAACCUUCGCACCCGUCGCCCGUUUCUCCUCCAUUCGCUGCCUCCUGGCUCUUGCCGCUGCCAAUGGCUACCACGUUCAUCAGGCCGACAUCGACAAGGCUUACCUCCACGGCGAGCUCGAUCAUGAUAUCUGGAUGACGACACCACGCGGUUUCGACUUCCCGAGCGAUAAGGUUCUCCGGCUGCGACGCUCAAUCUACGGUCUCAAGCAGGCCGGUCGCAUCUGGAAUCGUCACAUUGACACAUCACUCAGGAAUCUGGGGUACAAGGCAACAGGCACUGAUCACUGCAUUUACUCUCGCAUUGACGAUCAGCAGCGGCCUCACUAUAUCGCCUUGUAUGUCGACGACCUCCUCAUUGUCAGUCCAGCCCUCGACGAGAUCGAACGUGUCAUCUCCGGCCUUGAACAGCGGUACGGCGUCAAACGACUCGGCCCCGCGGAGUACAUCCUCGGAAUCCAAAUACGCCGCCUGGACGACGGUUCCAUUGCUCUAUCCCAGGAGCGCUACAUCAUGGACGUGCUGGCCCGUUUCCACUUCGACACCACGACACGCGGCACUACGGUGCCGAUGACGCCCGGCCUCUCGCUCACGGCAAUUCCGGGUCAGGGAACGGAGCGCAUUCGUUCGUGGUACCUACAGGCCAUCGGCUCCCUCCUCUACAUCUCCCUUGGCACUCGACCCGACAUUGCCUUCGCCGUCUCGUACCUGUCCCGGUUCGCCAACAACCCCGGCCGCCGCCAUUGGAUUGCCGUCAAACACGUCCUUCGCUACCUUCGCGCCACGUACCGCGAUGAGCUUCUCUAUGCCCGCGGCCCAGCAAAAGUCACGGGUGUGGUUGGUUAUUCUGAUGCGAACUGGGGCGCCUGCGUCGACACAUCCAUUUCAACGAUGGGCUACGUAUUUUACUUGGCAGGCGCCGCUGUCUCUUGGUCGUCGAAGCGUCAGACUCGGGUAGCGGAUUCCACCACUGAUGCCGAGUACCUGGCCUUGUCGCACGCGGGUAAGGAAGCGAUCUACCUUAACCAACUCCUCUCCGAGCUCCACGUUUGCCCAAUCGCUGCAGCUCACAUCUUCACCGACAACGAGGCCGCGGCCGCCGUCGCUCACGACCCCGUUCGCACCUCCGGCACCCGGCACAUUCGCCUCCGCGAGCAUUUUGUCCGUGACAUGGUCAAUCGAGGUGAUAUCUCUCUCUCACACGUUGGCACAGCAGACAUGGUUGCGGACGUAUUCACCAAGGCGCUAGGCCCCAAGAUUUUUGGUACACAUUGCUAUGCUCUAGGCCUCCGGACGCGACAUCCACGGCUCAAGUCUACCUCGCGUUCGCGUGGGGGGGGGUGUGAGGAAUCCACUCUCCGCUCGGCUCAGGACUUAGGCGCGCGGAGCGAACCGGGCGCGGACUUAGGCGCGCGGAGUGAGCCGGGCGCCCCGGCCCAGGACUUAGGCGCGCGAAGCGAGCCUGGGACUUAGGCGCGCGGAGCGAGCCUGGGCCAUUGGCUCAGCCCCAGGCUCGCUGGCUGUGGACUUGGGGCGCGCGGGUCUCUUAUUGUUAGCUUCCUAUUCAUCACUCUUGGCUAUAACUACAUCGCUGACGUAGUAGAGUUGAUCGAAUAGGUAUGUUGAAAUGCAUUGAUCACUCUUGGCUAUAACUACAUCGCUGACGUAGUAGAGUUGAUCGAAUACAGAGAGACUCGGCCUUGUACACAGCGAUGUGCUUUCCUUCCCCGAGCGGUCCUUGACUGGCAAACGUUACCUGGUCACAUUCCUUGACGAUUACUCGCGCAAACUCUGGGCCUACGCAAUCGGACACAAAAGCGAAGUCUUCGGCAUAUUCAAAACUUGGCUAGCCGAGGUUGAACUCGAGACGGGUGCGACGCUGAAGGUCCUCCGAACCGACAACGGUGGCGAAUACUGUUCGAGAGCGUUCACAGAGUUCUGCAAGACACGAGGCACCCGUCGACAAUACUCUAUCCCACGCACGCCUCAACAGAACGGUCGUGCAGAGCGGGUCAAUCGUUCCAUUGUCGAAGGCGUCCUUUGA